AUGAAGUCCUCGCUCCUCGCCGCACUUGUCGGCGGCACCAUCGCCGGUGUGGCCGCGUCCCCCAUGGACGAGCUCUUCAGCCGCCGCCAGGCCGUGUGCAACCGCGACAACUGCUUCCGCGCUGUCAUCGGCUCUCGGCCCGGGCCGGCGUCGGCGUCGGCCGACUGUUCGUCAUGGAUGCAAGUCACCGAAACGCCAUGCGCGUCAACCGUGACGCAGACGGCGGUCGUGACGACCUUCACCACGACCUUGAGCAACGCCUACCCGGGCCUCAAGAAGGUGAAGCGGAAGGAAGGGCUCGAAGACCGCCAGAUCUCGCCGACCACCUCGGCUGCCACUGCCACCGCCACCGCCGCCAACCCGACUUGCACGCCCUCGCAGAACCGCCCGAGCAGCCUGCCAGCAUACAUUGACACGGCCUGCAAGGCAACCAUCGGAACACUCGUUCCCACAGCUCGUUACUCGUCGGCCUGCUCGUGCAACGGCAUCACGGCGGCGACGACGACGCUCCCCGCCGCCGUCGUCACCGUAACUAGCACCAGCACCGUGGAGGCGGCCUUCACGCCGACGAACACGCCGACGGCCUUCGUACUGCAGGGCUCCGGCGACAGGAGCCUCUACGUGACGGUGGAUGGCACAGGCGCCGUGCGUCUGGUCCGCGACGCCACAGCGGCCACGCCGUUCUACGUCGACAAGGCCGGGCAGAUGCGCAACUACAACAGUCCUGACAAGACACUCGUCGACUAUUACCGACCCGACCCGGCCACGGCUAACGACAGGGUGUACAGCCACGUGCAAGGCGAUGGCAACUAUGCAAUCACAUGUAGGAAUAUCGGCCGUAACGCGGGCGAGUACUACGGCGGUUGUCAGUCGAGCGGCUCGCCCAGCGGGAAUCCCGUUGUGUAUGGAUUCGGAUACUGCCCCAACCAGGGCGGCUAUCUGUACAUGAUCCCCAACAGCUCGAAUGUGCGAUGCGCAGGGGGUUACGCUUUCCUAGGCUUCUGGUUGCAAGCGUACUCGGUCAACCCGUAA